AUGGAAAAGGCUGUCCUCAUCAACCAAACUUCAGUGACAUCAUUUCGGCUCACAGGUUUAUCUGCAAAUCCAAAAGUACAGAUGUUUGUGUUUUUCAUAUUCCUCGUUUUCUAUGUCAUGACACUGGUUGGUAACAUCCUCAUUGUCAUAACAAUCAUAUUCGACCACCGGCUCCAUACUCCCAUGUAUUUCUUCCUCAGCAAUCUAUCCUUUAUUGAUGUCUGCCAUUCCACUGUCACUGUCCCAAAGAUGCUGAGUGACACUUUGUCAGAUGAAAAGGUCAUCUCUUUUGAUGCCUGUGUGGUCCAGAUAUUUUUCCUGCAUCUCUUUGCCUGCACGGAGAUCUUCCUGCUUACUGUCAUGGCCUAUGACCGCUAUGUGGCCAUUUGUAAGCCUUUGAGGUAUAUGACAAUAAUGAACUGGAAGGUGUGUACGGUGCUGGGAGUGGCCAUGUGGACAGCAGGGACUGUGCACUCCAUAUCUUUCACCUCACUCACCAUCAAGCUGCCCUACUGUGGUCCUGAUGAGAUUGACAACUUCUUCUGUGAUGUACCUCAAGUGAUAGAACUGGCUUGCACUGACACCCGCAUCACUGAGAUUCUCGUUGUCUCCAACAGUGGGAUGAUCUCUAUGGUAUGUUUUGUGAUUAUUGUUGUUUCCUAUGCGGUCAUCCUUGUGAGUCUGAGGCAGCAGAUCUCUGACGGCAAGAGGAAAGCCCUGUCCACCUGUGCAGCCCACCUCACUGUGGUCACUCUGUUUCUGGGACACUGUAUAUUCAUCUACUCACGCCCAUCCAUCAGCCUUCCCGAAGACAAAAUCGUAUCUGCAUUUUUCACUGCUAUAACCCCUCUGUUGAAUCCCAUAAUCUACACCUUUAGGAAUGAGGACAUGAAGAGUGCCUUGAAGAAGUUAAUCAGGAGGAAAGAGAGGAAAGAAAAGUAAAAAUGAUAAGUGCUUAGGAUUCUUGGUGAUCCAAAUCAAAGAAUCAACUAUAUAUUGU